AUGGAAUCCUCCAGUACUGUUUCUCAAAACGUAGAGCAUUUUUUUGACACUCUCGAUUUCGCUACUUUAGAGUCAGACUCGAACGACUCAAAUGAAAGUACAUAUGAAGAAGACUUUCAAUCGGAAGAAUCAGAGUCGGAAUUAAAAGAUGAUGAUUCAACAGGGAACGAAUCUGAAGAAAUUAGUCAACUCAAUGAAAAGGAUCAGGUCGCUGUGAAUAACUUAUCCUUGUCAUUAGAAAGCCUUUGGAUGGACAAGAAUCAACGACGCUAUUCAAUAAUGAUUCUUAUGGCUUCUGUUUACCAUGAAACACAUGGAAAACGGGCAUAUAUUGAUUAUCAACUUCCAUAUUUUGGCAAG